ACUUAAAAAUGUAAAUCAAGGUCAGCCUCAUCUUCCACAUAGACAAACAAUUGCUAAUAAAUUCUCAAUAUAAUUUGAAUAGUGCAGUUUAAGAAUCUGAGGGAUAUUCUUGUGCAAUAGCAGCAGCAAAGCUAAUAAUUAAGUAAUUUGGAUCAAUAGAUAUAACAAAAACAAGUUUAAAUAGACAUAACUUUGAGAAUAUAGUAAAUUGGGAUGCUUACAAAUAAGCUUAAGACAGUUAGAAUUAUAUUAGAGUAUAUUUCUUUCUUUAAUUUUAGGAACUAGAAAUAUACAGAAAUCCAUACUUUUACCUUUGGACUCGAUACUUUACAACUUCACCAAUAUGGGAGAUAGAUAAUCAUACAUAUUAUAUAAUUGAAUUAGCAGAUGAUGAUUUGAAUUUCUUUUAGUUUAAUAAUUGAAGAGAAUUGAAUAAAAA